GUAGAAAAUCUCCCUCUCAUACUCCACUUUCUCUCUCCUCUGAGACUCGAGAUUUUCUUUCUUUCUUUCUUUCUUUCUUCUUCUUCUUCGCUUUCGAAUAAAAACCCUAUUCUAGGGACUGCGCGCGACGGUGACCGUUUUUUUCUUUCACAUCUUUCUCUUUCUAAAGAACUUGAAGCAGAGCGUUAAUGGCAACAAGGGCGGCGGCGGCGACAGGAUCUUAUGAAGGAGGAGCUGGAGGGAAGUUUCAGAAGAGGCCGUUAAGAAAUAGAACCACUAAACCCUAUGAAAGACCUAUUACAGCAAUUCGUAACCCUAUUGAAGCAGGAACUAGGAAUGGUUGGAUUUCCAGAAUUGUUGAUCCAGCUUACGGAUUAAUAUCUAGAACUGCCCAAAAUUUUUAUAAAUCUCUCUUUACGAAGAGUCUCACUGCUCCACCACCUCCGGUCACAGAUACAAAUCAUGGGCAGAGGGUUCAAUUUCGGGAAGCUGGUCCAUCUGUUCCAUCAUCGAAAUCACGUGAACGCGGCAAUGGGAAUGGGAAUGGGAAUGAAGGUGAGCGCUUGAAUAAUAGCCUGGGGGACAAUGGAAUAGAUGUUUGGGAGAAAUUAUUCAAGGAAAAAACCUUUACAAAAGCCGAAAUCGACCGUUUGACUGAAGUGAUGCAUUCAAGAGCUGUUGGUGAAUCUACAGGAAAUGGAAAGAAAGCUUCUGGGCUAAGUACUUCACAGAAGGCACCGACUCAAGAAAGACAAGAACCCUUACAUAUGGUGGUUCAAGAAAAUGGAAUUGUCAGCCAGAACUUGCAUGGAGGCGUUUUAGCUCCUACUUUCAGAUCAAAUGAAAUUGAGCAGGAUGUUGCAUCACCCACUGAACUUGCAAAAGCUUAUAUGGGCAAUCGGUCUUCCAAAGUUUCUCCUUCAGCAUUAGGUUUGCGUAGUCAAUCACUCAGGGAAGACGUGUCACUGUUAACUAAUGCACCAUUCACGCCAAAGUCGCAUAGUAUGUCCCUUGUACCAAGAUCUGCUGUCCGCUUUCCUACUGUCUCUGAGAAUGGUUUUAUGACGCCAAGACCUCGCGGCAGAUCCGCGAUAUAUAAUAUGUCUCGUACCCCGUACUCUCGAGUUCACAACAGCGGUGUCCUGAAGAUUGAUGCACAGGUGAUGACCCCAUCCGCCUCAUCUCAGCGGCCUUGGGAAAAUAGCACAUUUUCUGGUUGUAAACAGCCUUCUAAAAGGAGAAUCUCAGUUCUAGAUAGUGAUAUAGGAACGGUGGGUCCUAUACGUAGGAUUCGUCAGAAAACCAACAUGUUAAUGUCACCAUCAAAAGCUAUGAUAUCACCUUCUGCCUCUUAUACGUUAUCUGCUGAUGGUUCUUAUGCUGCUCAAGCCUCCACUUUUUCGGCACAGAAAUUACUUCUGGAUGAGUCCAAGCAAAAUAACAACUCACAUUUGAGGCCUUCAGAAAAUGGAUAUACUAGCGUGCCUGCUACAAGGUUAGCUUCAGUUCCUUCUCAGUCAACUCAGAUGGCCCAGAAAAUAUUGCAGCAGCUUGAUAAGUUAGUCCCUUCUCCAAAAGAAAAAUCAUCUGAGCUCAGGCUAGCCUCCGCCAGGGGCAAGUCACCUGCUAAGUUAACACUUGGUAUGUUACAAGGACAAGCUCUUAGAAGUGUCGAAGAUGUAGAUUCAUCAAGGUUUUUGGUUACUGCACAAAGCUCGGGUGCUCUGGAUGGGGCAGGCGGUAACUCUGGUUCAGGUGCCGAGGCAUCAACUUCGCGAAAGCAAGGCAAGGUUAAGGACAACGGCCCUGCAGAAGUUCUUACCUUUAGAGAUGAAAAGGCUGCUAAAGCAAACGGUGUAGAAACUAAAUCUUCUGCUGAGGAUACUGUCCCUAGUGGCAAGGCCUCAGAGAUGCCUCCUCAAAAACGUGCCUUCCAAAUGAGUGCUCACGAGGCCUAUCUGGAUAUGGACGAUGAUUCUUACGGUGACAGGGUUAAUAUAACCCCAGCGGUUGCUGAGAGUGAAAAACUGGGCACAUCUACGGUGCAGAGCCCAUCCAAUGCUGCUGAAAUAGUUCCUGUAGUGAAGCCUUUUACUUCUUCUUCUGAAGCGCUCCCUGGAGAUGCAAUUUCCAAGGCUGAUUUUGGAGCUUCUGACGGGGACGUCAUAGAUUCAAAAAAGGAUUCAUCAUCUGCUCUUUCUGUCACACCUUCACCUAGUGCCGCAGUGGUGGAAAGUGCGCCUGCUUCUCAGCCCGUUUCAUCAGUUGAAAACUCAGAACCGAAAGGACAAUCUGCAUUCACAUUCAACUUUGCCACUAAAGCAGUUGAAUCACCAGGCGUUGUAUUUGGUGCUCCAUCUAUGAAAAAGAUAGAGCCAAUUAGCAGUACUGCCGCUUUGGCUGUUGGUGUGACAGAGCAUGUGUCAAAAGCUGCGGAUUUGGGUAAAAGUAGCGAAAGUACUCGUAAGGCUGACGAGUUGUCCAAGCAGUCAGAAAAUGUCACUUCCUCUCCUGUACCAUCAUCGACACCCGUAUUCACAUUUGGAGUCCCCACUAAUUCAAGCUCAAACUGCUUAUCUGCUUCCACUACUUCUUUGUUCUCUGAUCCUACUACCAUAGCUUCAGAUGCUUCCAAAGGUAUUGAUACAAGUUCAGAUACCACUGAGACAACCACCGUUGUUGCUGCCAAUGGCAUCACCAACCCAUCCAACGUUGCUAGUACUAGCAGCUGUAUAUCUACCUUACCAGCAACCCCUGCAGCACCGUUCCAGUUUGGUAUAAGCUCUAGCACAGCAGUUGUUACAUCUAGCUCAAGUACACUGCCAUUGCCAUCGUCUGGCUCAGAUGAUAAACAUUUGGAGGGUAAAACAAAGCAACCAUCACCUUUUGGUAGUCUAACCUCUACCGGGGACACACCAUCUAAUCCUUUUGGUACAAUUACUGGAAACGGCAUUUUUGGUUUCAAUGCUGGUGCAGUGAAUCCCUUCGCCAAUAACAAAUCUCAGACUCCUAAUCCUUUUACCUCUGCAACUGGAUCAUCUGUAUUCAGUACAAAAGCAGCCACUGAUGAAUCUGUAAGUGGGACUGCACCAUCUACUAAUAGCACGCCGGGUCCUUUUGUGUCUUCUGCUCCAUCCUUCGGCUUUGCCAGCUCAACGCCAGUGAGCUCUAUUAGUUCUUCAUUUGUUAAUUCAGCCCCUUCAGCUAAUCCAUUUGGUGUAAGUACUGGGUUUGGUCAAAGUUCUUCAACAUCCUUCUCUAUGACUGCUGGUACUUUCAGUUCUGGGACUACUGCAAGUGGUUUAUUCAGUUCGAGUUCUCAGUCUAGUCCAUCUCCUGUCUUCCCAACUGGAGGGUUUUCUUUCGGGGCUUCAAAAUCCGAUGCUGGUUCUACACCUGCUGCAUCAACAGGGUUUUCAUUUGGAUCAGUAACAACUCCUGUUGUCAGCUCUGCACCAUUGCCAGGGUCGUCUCCUUUCUCAUUCACCUCUGUGGCUGGUGGCACCGCCUCGUCGAACUCUCUCUCCCCGGCUGUUCCUGGUUUUGGAACCGCAAGCUCUGUUAUGUUUGGUACAUCCACAAAUAACGAUCAGAUGAAUAUGGAGGACAGCAUGGCUGAGGAUGUUUUACAAGCAUCAGCUCCUGUGGUUCCUGCAUUUGGUCAGCCAACAAGUUCAACCUCACCAUACAUGUUUAGUUCUCCGCCUCCAUCAGGGGGGUCCCCAUUCAUGUUCGGUGGUCAACAAAAUCCCGUGACUCCACAAAUGCCAAAUCCAUUCCAACCACAGGGUGAAUUUGGACUUGGAGGAGGUGCAGGAAGCUUCUCACUUGGUAGCACAGGGGGUGGUGAUAAAUCUGGUCGCAAAAUAAUUAAAGUUAGGAGAGAUAAGUUGCGGAAACGGUAGGGCUCUCACAUGAUUCUCUUGCACCGAAUCUAGUGAUCAUGAAUAGUGCUUGUAAUUGAUGGGCCAAUUUUAUGUUAAUGUGAGAGAAAGAUGUCUGCAACUGAAUGUGCAGUCUAGUUGGUGUCUAUUAGAUUCCUUUGUACACGGGAAAUUGAGUAAAUUGCCUUUCCCCCCAUGGUCCUCGGAAAUCUGGUAAGCCUGAUUGCCUGAAUGCAUCUGCAUUAGGAUUUUCUUCUCUAUGCAUCUGCCUCUGUUUCUUCUUUCUCAGAUUGAAUAUGAUCUGCUUGCCUUGACGUGUUCCAGUUUUGGUUAGUGUUUCUGCAGAACAUUCUUGGACCAUCUUGGUAUGUUCUUGUAGGGUCUCUCUGUAUCCUUGGUCAGGUUGUCGUUCAUGUUUUAAUGUACGUUUAGUUUCUUAUGUAACAUAGUACGAAAUUGGUUUAUGUAAUUUUCAGGCAGUUAAGAAAAAAAUACUCUAUAUUACUGCGUCCUGA